AGCGAGGCAAUGAAAACACAGGACCACCAUGAUUUUUAAUUCAGGCAGACGAUUGUGAUUUGUGACAUGGUCAAAGGAGAGUGCCACUGUGUCUGAUUCCGAUUUUCAAUUUAUAUGCAACCCAUUUGAUACAGAAUUCCUUUGAUAACAAAGUGAUCUUUACAGCAUGGUAUGCAUUGACAUGUGUAUGUGUGUACACCUGUGUCCUACUUCAUGACAUUAUAUGCAUUGAACAGUUAUUUUUAAAGUUUUUUUAUUGAUGGUUCCAUUGAUUUCAAUGGCAGUUAUUAUUGAAAUCUAGUGUGUUGUUGCACGAUUCAAUACCUUGCAGCACUCAGUACGCAGCUGCCGCAAUCGAUGGUGAAGUGACAGAGUCGCUGUGUUACUGUGUCAAUUACGAUCCACUCUCAUAAUAGGGAAGAUAAUGAAUCAUCAACACAAAGGCAUUGAAGAACUGUGUCACAUAUCGCAGAUCGUAUUAUACCAAGUCAGCAUUGUCCGAGUCUUGCUAACUAUCGGAACCAACAGCUACGCAAAAUUCUCACGUUUCCAGCAUCAAUCGCCAUUCUCAGCUGCUAUUUCUAGCAUCUACCACUUCCAGGAUCUGUCAUCGUUCUAUUUAUAGAUCGCCACCGAUAGCUCUCAUCCGUAGCGCGAUGCCUGCUUCAUUUGUGCACUAGAUGCCGUAAUAGUCGGACGCGGUUAAGAACAUCGUGGAGAGUUAUCAUAAUACUUCUUGAAUCUAUUGAUAGGAUAUUUUGAGUUUUUUACCAUCGACUUGUAUAUUAUUUUGCGGAUAUACGAACUAACUGACGGGAUACUUUCUUUGAGUGAAAUUUGGAGGCGGCCUAUGACAAGUCGAAACUGAAAAGGUAGAAUCAGCUCUGAUAGUGACAGUCGCCCCCUUUCAAAGAUGGGGUCGUCGACAUUAUACGUACAAGUUGCAGUCCUUCUCGCGUACAUAAUUGGAGUUCUAUGCAAAGACAAUUCAUCCCUCCUAACCGAUGCCAAACUCAUCACUAACUCGCCUUUAAACAAUGGCAGCAUUGCCUACUUGGAUUGCUACUUCAAGUCUGAAGACACCAAAGUCCAGUCGAUACAAUGGUACAAGGCAGGCUACAAGUUUCCAGUCUACUCCUUCGAGUCUCAAAGCGGCUUGUUAAAGGCCAAGAAGCCGCUUAUUCGCCGGGCGGUGCAGAAACCCAUAGCGAAAGGGCACUACCGCCUCAUCAUCAACCCAGUCUUUGUCUCUGACGAAGGGACAUACAAUUGUCACGUAUUCGAGUCAUUCUUUAAACAUUUACAGGCGUAUGCGUCGCUGGAAGUCACUGUUCCCGCCAAAAAGCCGAAAAUGGUGGCUCCAAAUACCACCCUUCCGGCCUUCACAAACCUCACUCUCACCUGCACUGCGAACGUGGGAAAGCCGGCCGGUGAGGUGCGAUGGUGGCGCCGUGGUAAGAAGGAGCAGACAUUUGUGGAAAUAUUUGGCAGCGAAACACGUCCAAGGCGACACCAUCAAGACAAGACCACUACCGUAGUGAGUGAGUACUUCACCAUGGUAACCCCUCAUGACAACGAUGCCGUUUACAAAUGUACCACAGAGAAUCGUGCCAUGGGACCAGGGGAAACACCAAAGGAGAGUCGAAAAGUAUUAAAAGUCUUCUGGACUGGACAGAUUCCUGACAAUGUGAACAUUCCAACGAAUUCAGAGACGAAAGACAAAAAAGAAGAAGGCUUCCACGUGGCUGGAAUAUUCGUUCUUUCAAUGGCCGGUGUGGGCUUGUUGGCGCUGGUAGUCAUAUGUGUACGACGUCAUAAAAAGCUGCAGCCCUGCCGAUGUGGCUGUGGGACAAAGGAAGAAAAGGACCCUACCAUUUCAACAUUACAGGGGGCACAAGUUAGGGUUCAUUUCAGAGACACGGAGUUUGGCGAGGAUAGCCGAGUGCAUGACGGCAGGUAUGCGCAAGAGAGGCUUUAAGCAAUAACAAUAAGAAGUUCUGCCAAGAACCUACCUACAUCUACAGACUGCAUGAUGACAACUUGUAGAAGGAGCCAAGAAUUAUUUCAUCACAGAAUAAGAGGAAAUAUGCAGGAUCUGAGGAGGUAAUAAUGUUGCCGUCUCUAGCGCAGAUAUGCGUUAAAGCGUGAAUAAAGGGAAGAAUUUGAUGUCUAUUUCUAACUAAAACAGUUAAUAUUUGAAAUAUCAUGCCAACAUUCCGAGGUUGAUAUCAGACACGUGAUAGACUCGCCAUAGAUGCUAAUUUAGGUGACCUAGACAAAUCAUGUUCUGUCAUGCGUGCUUGAAUCGUCAUCUUGGAUCAUUUGACCCAAACCAAUUAUUUCAUGUCACAUGACCAUUUCCUGAAAUGAAGAAGCAGCAGCACUUGCCUUGAUUGAUUCGCCAUGUUAAUCUUGUGGCUCAAACAACUCAUGCUAUGUCACUUCUGUGUUCCCCAUACUGAAAAGUCAUGGUCGCUCCGGCUGUAUAUUGUUGGAAACACCAAAAUGUUGGAAACGACCACAUACGUUACACAUAAGGCACAUCAUUUUGGAUUUGAAGAUGUCGCGGACACAUGCAGUUCUUCUUGGAGCGUGCUGGGAGAAACACUUUUCUGAGAUGACUUUAGAAUGUGUACAUACAUAUAUAAUAUCACCAUGAUAAGUGUAAAGAGUCAAGUGCAAUGCAUUGUGUCUGCUUCUUGGUAAACUGUCUGCUAUCGGCAAAGAAAAGUUGUUUUUGUGAUGAUGGAGCCUUGCAAGGGACUGUGUAAUAAGGGCCAUUGUCGAACAAAGGGCUUUAUUAUAUCAUUAAGAACAAAAGUAUGAUAAUGGGGAGAGGGAGUUACAAAUACAUGUAUGUUCGUGUUACAUGUGUAUAGGGUCGGUUUCUUAUGACCAAAAUUGUGUAUACAUAAUGGUGUUAAUCAUAUCUAACACUAAAUUAUUAGUCUAAUAAGGACUACUGAAUUUGAUCAACUAUUUGAGCAACAACCAGUAGCGAAUGAAUGGAAACUGGAUUAUCUUGUAAGCCUCAUAAUAUUGUCCUAAUUUGGUAACCAGUGCUCGAAAAGAUGCUGUAGCAUUGCUCCAACAUUCUUAACCUUUAUUUAUUCUUGUCUAAGCCAAUGUCUUUUGAUACAAAUCUAUGCAUUGCUGUAUCGUGUGUGCUGCCUCUUGUUUCCAGGUUUGAAUUUACAACAUCUCGUCUCCAAAGUCUUACAUAUCGAUGAUGACGAUAUUCAGCAAUGGCCUCUGAUCUGCUUGAUUAGUAUAAUUACGAUUGCUAUGAGAGUUGGUUUAAAUGUGCUGACGCCAUGAGCCCGAUGAACCAUAAUGGCUUUACAUCUUCACGUUAUCACUUCUCUGUUCAUCUGAAGACAGCUAGGGUAGAAUUUUACUGUUGUUUCUAUUCCGUUAUAGUUCAUGUAACUUCCUGCCGCUUACCAAUAGGGGGCAGUGGGCUUCGGUGUUUGCCCUCCUCUCCAUAGGAACGCACGUGCCGGCAUCAUGUGAUGAUUAGCUGUUUCGACGGUCUCUUUACUAGUUGACUGAAUACUCUAAAUCCUGGAUCCAAGAUGCAGCCAAUAUGCAGCCAACAGGAACUCAUUUCCUUGUUGGUCUGCGCCUUUUUAACUGAGCUUUGAAAUCAAUGUGUAUAGUCUAGUCAUAUACAUGUAAUAUGUGUAAAUAUCUGUACAUAAAUAUCAUCAAAGGUGGACUCGCCUUUUCGUUCUAUUCAUAUUGAGCGCCAACGCUUCAUUAAUCGAACAAAACGAAUAUAUCAUCAUUAUUAGGAUAGCAAACAGCUUUAGCGUUCUUUGAUUCACACUGUAUCAACGUACUAUUUCGUAACAAUUCUUUUUCUCUAAUAUCUAGUUCAGUUCUAUUACAGGCCGUUGGCCAAAUCCAAAAAGGGGCUUAGCUCUUGAAUUCGUGAGAAUUUCUUUUGGGAGGGGGGCAUAUCGAACUAGUUAACAGAAAGGCUUGUCAACUGAGCUUAAAUGAAGGAAUACAGAUAUCGCCGCACCUUGUGUAAUCGAUUUAUCGCCAAAGUUUAUUGCUCACUUUAAUCAGCACAACUCUGUCUCGAUUGCUGGGAAGCAAUGAUAAAUGACAAAAAGGAUAACGAUGCAUUGUGUGUCUCAUUCAGUUGUUAACAUCUCUUCCAUUUCUGUUUGACAGUUCUUGUUCAAUAUCUCAAACAAUCGCAUUUGUAACAUAACCAGCUGCAUUUGUAAAGAUCGGUUUAUCUCUUAUAGUCAUCCAUUCAGGUAGCCCGAGAAAACCUGAGCUACUGGUCAGUCGGUCGUCAUUAUAAUCAUGCCUGUGUAACGUUCAAACAAGAACACACAUGUUAGUUAGUUUUAACUACAGUUGUCUCUGUCUAACAAACUAUACUGUGAGGAGAGGAUUUUACAGAGUGAUAUGUCUGUCGUAUUAAAAGAAACUGUCGAUUAAGAAUGUAUUAGGACCAGAAAUCAUAUAAGCGGAGUUUUCCAAAGGUCUGUAAUAGGCAAACGCUAUCGCAACGCUGACGCCUAUCCCAUUGUUCGUCGUCCUGUUCACGAUGCAGAACAAAGGAAUAGAUGUUAGUGUUGGCGCUAGGGGCGCUUUAUGAGAAUGUAAACGGCGACUUCACGUUAAAGUUAAAGUUUGGGUUCAUGCUAUGACAUCAACUGUGGUGGAUGUGUCGUCCGACUUCAUGCUUAAACACUCGUCUCUCCUGAAACCUUUCAGUAGAACUCAGAUGAGCUGCUCAUUCAGUGCUUCAACCUGAACAGUACACUUGGAGGAUUGAGGCAGGUCAGUCUGAAGAAAUCUGCCGAAAGCCUCACGCCGACUGUGAGGUUAGAGUAAAAGGUGGUCGCAGUCAAUAUAAGAAACGUUCAACGUAAGUCAAAGGAAGGUUUUCGAUUCUGUUCUGAUAUCGACAGGUUUAAGUUGCUGCACCAGUGUGGAAGUGCGCAGGGGAGGGGUUGUUUCGACUAAGUUGCAGGCUUAAUAUCUUGCUUAUGACUAUCAAUGUUUACUUAUAGACGAGCUCUUUUUUUAUUUUCCCAAGUGAAUAUACUAUGUAUUCAAUGUUAAUGUGAGAUUUCUGUUCGGAUGCUGAUUUUGUAAUAAAAUUGUUUUUAUAGA